AUGCUUUCAUCAUCUUACAAAUCAGAUAGCUUCAAGGGCCAAAGCCUUGAUAACGACAGCUUCACCACCAACUUCGAUCAUGCUGCUGCUGGACAUGAUGGUCUUCGGUGUCACCUAUCCGGUUCCUUGAUCGCCAAGCCUUGCACACAUGGAGAGGUCGCAUUUUAUGAAUCGAGCAUCCGCCAUCCCAAUUUUCAUGCUUUUAUGCCUCAAUGGUACGGAACAUUGACAGCUUCGGACCAGCAGCAGCCGCUCUCUGUCGUCCCAGGUGUACAAAAUGGGAGAACUGUACUACCAUCACUAGCAACGCAUUCCUCCACCAACGGUUUCACGGUUACCAACCAAGUAUCUGCGCAUCAUCACCAUCAUCAUGUGACCCAGCGAGAAAAGCCAUGGACUCCAUCGGGAGGGCGCAAGUUGGAUACUGGCAUUUCAAUUGUGCUCGAAAACAUCGCCGAAGGAUUCAAACGGCCGAAUGUUCUAGAUGUCAAACUUGGUUCUCGGCUAUGGGCUGAUGAUGCCCCUCCCGCGAAACGUGCAAAGUUGGAUGCUGUUUCAAGAGAGACAACAAGCUCUAGCUUGGGCUAUCGAAUCGCGGGUAUGAAAGUUUGGGUCGGUAAUAGAAACGAGAACGGGUCUGCGAUAGAGAGCAUGGAGACAGAAUUCACUGAUCCAUAUAUGACGAAAUACGAAGGCUCAGAAGCACCAAAAGGAGAAGUUGUCGAAAAGAACGGAUAUAAGCGUUACGAUAAAUGGUACGGAAGGGCAUUCACUGCCGAUAAUGUGAAGGAAGGAUUUGAAACUUUUCUAGCGGGGGCUAAAGCUGGAAAAGUCGAUCGCUCGAAACUGAUUGCUUCUCGACUGGUGCAAGAGCUUCGAGCGCUGAAGUUCGCAUUGGAAUCAGAAGAAAGCAGGAUGUAUUCGUCGAGUGUUUUGGUGAUCUAUGAAGGAGACCCAGACGCGCUUGAAGAAGCUUUAAAAUACGAAGAAACUCGAAAGUUAGAAGAGACCAGAUCGUCUUCUGAAUCUGAUGCCGGCACUGAACCUUUGGAUGAUAUUGCAGGCGAGUUUGACAUUACUGAGCUCGGUUCCUUGCAAACAAUGGGUAUCCCCAAUGGUAUUUCGAACGGCAUUGCGAAUGGUGUUGUAAAUGGCGGCGCGAACGGUGGCCUCAACAAUGCUACCAAUAAUACUGAAGCACGGAAUAUUCCUGGGGCGUUAAACAUCCAAAUAGAUCCCCAAUCGCUCGCGAAUAUGGAGGACGACGGAAGUUCCGACGAGGAGGAAGUGCCCAUCAAAGUACACGAUUUUCGGUUAAUCGACUUUGCUCACGCCAGUUGGACACCAGGACAAGGUCCUGACGAGAAUACAUUGAAAGGGAUCAGAAAUCUAAUCAAAGUCAUGGAGGAACUCGCUGGCGAAAGCGAAUCAUAAAAAGUGGAUUGUCAUACAUGUCAUUUGAAAAAGGGAUAAUACUGUCGCUGUAUGAAGACAUUGUUUGCAUUUCAAGGGGAUUGCUGGCAAUCUCUGCUUUGUAUCUGCUUUGUAUUGUAGCUUUUGAUUUAUCGCUCGCAUUGUUGGCGGAUUUUUGACAGAAACAAACACAAAAACUACUGCAUCGCGAAAUAUAGAACCUUUUCACAU